AUGAUACAAAUAUUCCCAACAGAUAUAGUUGAUAGAAAGACAAUAUCAGAUCAAGAUAGAGUAGAAAGAUUAAAAGCGUUGGUGAAUGAUCAAUACCUACUCGAGAGGGGAUUGACACUCAAGAAGAGUACGCAUGGCGAUGGUGUGGGUGUCUACACUACGAGAGCUUUUAAAAGAGGAGAGUUGAUGAUCAAGUGCAAGUCGUAUGCAUCACAUCCUCGAAAGGAAGACAUUGAGGUGGCAUGUGACCGAUGUCAAAGCUCGCCUGUAAAAGGUGAAAAGGCAAGAUUGUGUGCGUCAAAAGAUCUCCCAGCCGACACUGAGAUCCUCAUCGACUAUAUGGACCAUUCCUUGUCUCCACUAGCCAAGCGUACCGCACUCGAAAGUACAUUUGGAUUCCAAUGCAAAUGUAAACUGUGUACAGACGUAGACAACGACGAGAAAAGAUACCAUUUUGCAUGUCGACAGCCAAAAUGUACUGGACGUGUCUUUUUAAAGUUGGAACAGGGACAAGCCAAAUGCAAUUCUUGUAAUCAUGUCAGUGACGAUUGUCAGUCGUUCAUUAAUCGAGCCAAAUCAUUUGAAAGAAAAUAUAAAGCACAACUAGAGACAGACACCACUCCAAUGUCACCAACCGAGAUUGGUGCAAUGCUUAAAAUCUACUGUAGUAUAUUCCAUCCAACCGACCCACUCUUUCUAUGCAUAUUGAAUCGCAUUGAAACUUUUGUACCCAACAACAAAGAGAUGCUCUUUCAAGCAUUUGUUCCUCAAACAGUUCCCAGGUAUUUCAAAAUCUGCGAAUACUUUAAUCUUCCAAUCAAACCAAAUCAUUGUACAUUAUUUGCCAAUAUUUCAGAGUUAAUGUUUGAUAUGAAUCAAAGAGAACCAGCAAGAUUAUGGUUAAAGUAUACACAUUAA